GACUGCCCGCCCGACGUCGAGACCCUCGGGCGCAGCACCUGGACGCUGCUCCACACCAUCGCGGCGACGUACCCCGAGCAGCCGUCGCGGACGCAGCAGUCGGACCUGCUGAGCUUCGUCGGGCUCUUCUCCAAGCUGUACCCGUGCUGGGUGUGCGCCGAGGACUUCCAGGGCUACUUGGCGCGGCAGAAGCCGCAGGUGUCGAGCCGGGAGGAGUUUUCGCAGUGGCUGUGCCGCGCGCACAACGAUGUCAACCGGAAGCUGGGCAAGCCCGAGUUUGACUGCUCGCGGGUGGACGAGCGGUGGAGGACGGGGUGGAAGGACGGUCGGUGCGACUGA